AUGGCAGUGUUAAAGAUUAAGAAGUUGAAAGAGGCUCCUAAGGCUGAAAAUGAGCCCAAGCCCAAGAAAAUCCGUAUUAAGACCAAUUUGAAGAAAGAAGAACCUUCUAAACCUAAGUUGAAGAUUAGUUUGAAGAAGAAAGGGUCUACUGAGAAGAAGAAAGGGUCUACUGAGAAGAUUGAAAAGGUUGAGAAGGGUAGUGGGAUGAAGUUGAAGCUGAAUUUAAAGAAGAAUGAGGAAAAACAAGUGAAAGGGCUUAAAACUCCACGAUUAAGGUUAAAACCAAUACGGGUACCCGGUGAAGGUUAUGAUUCUGAGGCCUCUGAUAUUGAAGAUGAUCCAUUGAUCGAAGAAGGGAUUGUUCUAAGAGUUCUACCUGAUAUUCAAGCUGAGUUUGUCAAAAAUUCUAUCGAGAGUGGUGAUUAUUCAGGAAUUGUUAUUAAAUGGAAAGGUGAGAGACAUGCAAUCGUUAAUAUCAACGAUGUUUCAUAUGGGGCUGUAUUAGUAGACCUACCAACAUUGAUUGAAGUUAAUAAAAGUGUUGAUAGAAAAAAUUUAAUGAAGACUUUUGAUGUAAGCCAAAUGUUACUAUGUGUUAAAAUUAUAGAGAAUGAAGAAGAAGUAUUUACAUUAUCACCACCGGAAUCAGAAGACUUGGCAUUAAAACAUUAUGAAGAGUACAAGGAUGAAAUACAACAUUAUAAAAAACAGUUAUUAAAGGGUUACAACGAUGGUCCGUUAACUGAAAGUGAAUCCAAAUAUCUUGACCAAAUUGCACACAAGAGCUACGAUUAUAAACAUGGUUUAACACCUCCAUUAUACAACGUUCGCAACAGAAGGUUCAGAAGGAAGAUGGGUGCUGAUGAAUUUAACUACGCCGAAAGCGUUGUCCAACUGCUAUUAGAACAAGAUGAGCAAGCAGAAGAAGUGACAUAUGAAUUGGUAGAUGACAGCAAUGUACUGGGAAGAACUGUAUCUACGACUAAUGUCAUUUCCCAACCAAAACCAAAGGAAACUAUACAGUCUUUUGCCCUUGAUGAAGAGGAAAAAGAAGAAGAUGAAUUAGAUUUGGAGCAAGCUUUUGAAAGUGAAGAUGAAGAGAAAAGUGUAUCCAGCAAUCAUCCUGUUGCUAAGAGUUCAGUUAGAAUUGAAGAGAAAUUAGAUGAAACUGGUGAUGAUGUUGAACAGUACAACGGUGAAGAGGAAGAGGAAGAAGAUGAAGAAGAUGAAGAGGACGAAGAAGAAGAAGGUGAUGAAGAUCAAGAACGUGAAGGCCCUAAGCGCGCAGUUGAUGAAAAUAUUCAACAUAACGAGUUACUGAAAGAAGAAUUGUCAGAAUUAGAGAGUAUUCUAUCUCAAACUAAACAAAAACUGGAAAAAGCUACAAAUCCUCUGUUAAAAUCAAGAUUUAUUGAUAGUAUUAAAAAGUUAGAGAAAGAAGUAGAGAUCAAGAGGAAACAGUUGAAAGCAAGUGAUAGUACUUUGCAACAUAAAGAAGGUGAUGAAGAAUCAGAAACACAACAAGGUAUAGCAGAUGAAGAAGUAGGAGUACCCGAGGAAGAGGAAGAAGAAGAAGAAGAAGAAGAGGAAGAAGAAGAAGAAGAAGAGGAAGAACAAGGACAAGCAACUGAACAACAAUCCCAGCUCCAGCAGCAGCAACAACAACAACAACAAGAAUCCGAAGAGGUCCCAGUUGCAGAAACAGAAUUAGACCAAAAUGAUCUUGAUAUGAUGAUGUUGUUCGGUGCAGAAGGUGACGAUGAGGAAUGA